AUGCUGCGCGCGAGGGAGACCGCGGGCGCUGCGGGCACGGACCACCUGUGGGCGAAGGCGGCCGAGCUGGAGCGAGACUUCGCGGGGUACAAGCGCCAGCUCGCCGAGAGGAGGGCGCAGCAUGCCGUCGUCGAGGUCGCGGGUCGUCGCGCCGGCGGCGGCGCCGAGGAGGAGGAGCGCGUCGGGGACACGGCCGGGAGGGGCAGAAGGUACGAGGAGUAUGUGAGGAGGAGGGACGAGCGGCUGCGCCAGGAGUGGCGCGCGCGCAUGGAGCGCAAGGAGGCCGAGGUGCAGGCGCUCUGGGCGCGCCUCGACCGCACCGGUUCGAGCAGCAGCAGCCGGCGUGGCGGCGAUGACCAUGACGGCGGCGAGCUCGCGGCGGCAGCCACGAGUCAUGCCAGAGAGGAUCAAGUUAAGCCGCCGCAGAAGCCCGGGAGCUUGGUGGUGAAAGUGAAACCAUCCAUCCCUCUCACGCCACGGGGCGGCAACCCGGGUCACCCGCCGGCCGCGAAGCUGGCACGGCCCCGGACCAGUGUACCGUCGUCGCUGGCGGCAGGCAGCCCGAGCCCGAGGCUGUCCACCCCCGACCCCAGGCGGCGUCCGUCGUCGCACCUGCACCGGGGGCAGCCGCAGCUGCAGGCGCAACCGCAACCGCAACCACCCGCCACGCCACGGAAGGAGAAUAACAGGCCGCCGCCGCCGCAGUCCGCCGCGUUGGCCGCGGCGGCAUCACCGGCCACGCCUAGGCCGAGGACGUCGACGAUGAUGCUGUCACGGAGCAGGAGCAUGUUCAAGGACCGCGGCUGCUCCUCCGUCGCCGUCGGCGAGAGCCCCAGGCCGACGCGGUUCCAGCCCCCUCGGUCUAGCUACAACGACGGUGCAAGCAGCAACCUCAAAGAACCGACUCCGUCGCCGCGCGCCGACGACGCCAUAGCCUUGGUGCGGAGCAGUUCCUGUUCCAGGGAGCAGACGGUUGUCGCUGAUCGCAGGAAGGCAUCUGCCGUCGCUCCCGAGCCGUUUAUUGUUACGAGGUCAGGCAACGACAUCGAAGCCACGUCAGCGCCUUUGGUGGCUUCGAAGGAGAGGGACCUACCUUACAGCAGCGAGAUCCCUCCAGCCGUUGGUGCAAAUGCUGACAAUAAAAGCAACCAGCAAGAAUAUGUCGACCAAUCUUCAGACAAGUUCGGGAGUGAAGAGAUUACGGGAGACUCUGACACCGAGCCGAGCUACGUGUACAUCAAGAAGGACAGUGAUGAGCAAAUUCCGAGGCCUCCUCAGGCAUCGGCUGGUGUCGGGACAUGUCCAGCGCCUGAGCCACGACCUGACAACGAGGACAGCUACAAUGUCGAGGACACCAUGGAAUCAACUGGCAGCAAUGAGGUCGCCGGAGAAACCCCAGCCGCUGACGCAGAAGAAGAGUUCCGAAGGGAGAGCUCUGAAUCUCUGUACUCAAACGUUCAGUCUUCCUUCUCCCCAAGAUCUGAGCUGGAUACAUCGGCCACGGGCUCCCCGCUCCCCAGCGCCACUGAGCAAUCGCCGGAGUCCAACACUUCGCCAUGGACAAGGAAGAGCACGGAAGUGGAAGUUGCCGAGAAGCGACCACCAACCCCGACCACCCCGAGGAGCAGUGUGCAGUCACCGAUGUACGCCGUCAACGGGCUCAAGCGGCUGCUAACCUUCGGCAAGAGGAACGGCAAGGCCAGCGAGGCAGCGGCAGCUGUUGAGCGCGCCCCGCGUUCCGUGACACCUGCUCCUCCGGCGACGGUGGGUGAUGAUGGCAGCAUCAGCGGAGAGUGCCCGGCUGGCGGUUCGGCCAAGCUGACAGUGGACUCCUCAGAUGAUCUGGACAGCAUUGGGUCCUUGCAAAGCAUUGGGCCAUCUUACCCUGCGAGUUCUGAACUGAAGGAACCAGUUCUAUACGCGAAAUCACCAAGAGUGCAUCGAUCGUUCUUCUCCUUUUCAUCGUUCAAGUCUAGAGCAAAUUGA